AUGUCCACUCCAACUACACGAAUGGAGCGCCACACAACGGAUGCCCACAUCCACAAAGAAGGGCGCCACGUUCAGGAAAUGCCCGAUGGCGAUCUAAUCGGACAUGGGGAAGCCAAGGAAAGGAUUUAUCGGCGGUUGUUGAAAAAGCCGGAUGCCGCUCUGGUCAAAGACGGAGAACGGUCGAGACUGCUCAAGGACGAGGGCAUGGACUACAGGCUCACUGGGAGAUACACAUGCGAAAAUAAAAAGCUAGACUCCACUCGCCGUGUACAGACCCUUUGGGGAUGGUAUUUGAAAUGGGAAGGCGACCGUUGGACCAAGUAUGACUUUGAAGUGUCAGUGAGGCCUCAUGGAUAUUAUUGA